GCCAGACCGCCUCCCUUCCAAGAAGAAAAUCACAUUUUCCUUUCAUAUGUAGAACCUAGGUUACUAUAUAUAUAUAUAUAUAUAUAUGCACAUAUAAAAUAUGUCAUGCAUGUUGUACAUCCAUAAUACAUGCAUGUGACAUGGAAAUAAAAUGGAGCCAGUUUGGAAAGGCAGGUAAGACAUGUAAAGAGGACAGGAACGGGAAGGAACAUGGCCAAAGCAGAUGGUAGGCUUGUAGAAUAACGUCAUUAUGAAGCCCACUACUUUGUACAAUAAAUGUUAAGCUGUUAAAAUUUUUACUUACAGUGUCUCCACAUUGCGUGUUAUUUUAUUUUACAUAAAGAUGGUCCUAUUAUCACAACAUCUCUUGUCAUUGAUAACAAACCUGUUAAGGUUUACAUAUUUAAUGGCUAAUUAAAUUCAUGAAUUUCAGCAGCUUUUCCAUUGACUCCAGUUGGCUUUCCAGAUAUAAAAAUGAAUGAUGUAUAAAUAUGUGUAAUUUUUAUUUUUAAUAUUUCUUUCCCAGUGAACUGUCAUAUCUUCUGAAGGCCAUCCACUCAGAAUGGCAAUGGCAAGUGACAUGUCCUAUAUGAUGAGUAUAAUCUAUUGGUAUAAAAUACAGCCAUGAAUGGAGAGAUGGCUCAGUGGUAGAGGUCCUGAGUUCAAUUCUCAGCAACCACAUGGUGGCUCACAACCAUCUGUAAUGGGAUCUGAUGCCCUCUUCUGGUGUGUCUGAAGACAACGAUAGUGUACUCAUGUACAUCAAAUAGUUUUUUUUAACAGUGUACUCAGUGUAAGAAAUAUGUUAAAAAUCAUAUGGCUGAGCAGAUUUUUUUAAGUUACAUGAUUAUUUUGUCACAUAUUUAAGGGAAAGUUGUUUGCCGUCUAGAAAAAAAAAUGCAUUCAAAAUUGCCAGAGCUGAAAGUCUCUUUCCACUACUAGAAAACUGGCUGGUUAUUCAAUGAGAAAAUGAGUGGCCAUGUGUGAGUCCUGAACUUAGAGAGAAAUUGAGUGAAGCCUCACCAAAGAGAUUGUCGCUGUGAGCAAAGACUGUGUUUCCAAAUAAUAAUGUGGAGGUUGCUGAGGAAACCCCUGAGGUUGACCUCUGGCCUCCGUUUACAUAGAGAGAGACAGACACCAAAAUGAUUAAGUGUUCCAGAGACAGGACCACAUGACCAGGUCACAGGACGGGGAGGUGGCUUAUUCAUUCAUAGUUACUGGUUUUCCUCAGAGAUAGGAGAGCGCGCAACUUAAAAACCAGGUACCAAAUACACGAAAGACAAAGGGGAAGUUAGAGAAACCUCACCAGUGAGUUGGGUCGUGUGAAAAAGGAGGCAGAUGUAAGCCUUGGUACUUGAAGAAUUCGUGGGCACAGGUAAGAGUUGAUUAGAUAGAGCAGAAGACAGGAGCUGUAAGCUGCAGCGCUGGUGGGGAGGAAGCAGACAGAUGAACUGACAAAGAAAUGAUGCACACGACGCUGAAGUGCAUUGGAAACUUCUCGUCUGCUUUCCUGCCAAAGACAGAUGACGUGCUGGUGAUGUGCCGGUUUUCAGUGUAGAAUGAUAUCUAUCUAUCUAUCUAUCUAUCUAUCUAUCUAUCCAUCCAUCCAUCCAUCCAUCCAUCCAUCCAUCCAUCAUACAGUGUUCUGCCUGUGUGCAUGCUUGUACACCAUAAGAGGGCACCAUAUCUCAUUACAGAUGGUUGUGAGCCACUAUGUGGUUGCUAGGAAUUGAACUCCUGGCCUCUGGAAGAGCAGUCAGUGUUCUUUUUUUUUUUUUUUUUUCGGAGCUGGGGACCGAACCCAGGGCCUUGCGCUUGCUAGGCAAGCGCUCUACCACUGAGCUAAAUCCCCAACCCCUCAGUCAGUGUUCUUAAGCCGUCCCUCCAGCCCCAUGAUGUCCCAUAAUCAACAUAAAUUUUAUUUUACUCUAUCAAUACUUUGCAGAAGCUUUUCACCUUGCUCUUUAGGUAUUCUUUUCUGAGAAUUAUGUAAUCAUAUAUAUACAUAUACACAUAUAUGCAUAUAUACACAUGUGUGCCACAAUAUGUAUAAAUGUGGAUAUAUAUAGAUAUGGGUAUAGAUGUAGAUGUAGAUAGAAUAUAUAGAGAAUAUAUUUGUCACAGUAUUUCCUGGAGUUAUAUUUUCCAUAUUUAAUUGUAAAAAUCAUAUAUGUGGAUAUACAAUAUAUAUAAUCUUUUAUCAUCUCUAUUAUAAGUGUACUUCCUAGAUCUAUUAUAGGACAUUGAUUAUAAAUAAUUUUUAUUUUAUAGCGUAAAAUAUCUAGAAAUAUUUUUAUGCUGAAAAUGGUACUGAAAGACUACAUUCAGACAAGAAUGUCAUUCCCAUACAUCCUAAACUACAUUCACUAAUAUGAAGUUGUUCUUUUCUUAAAAAUAUUGUAUUUAUUGUUAUUACAUGAGUAGCACAUGAACAUGUGUACCACAUGCAUGCAGUGCCCAUAGAGGCCAGAAGAGGGCAUUGAUUCUCCAUGAAACUGGAGUUACAGUUGUUUGGGAAGAACCUGUGGGUACUGGGGAUCACCCUUAAGUCCUCUCUUGAAGAGCAGACAGUGCUUCUAACUCUAAGCCAUCUCUCCAGCUCCGUAGUCAUCCCCUUGCUCCAGACCUAUGCAGGUGGAAGGGUAUGUACACAUACAUUCACCACUGGGAAUGGUAAAACCUGGGGUUGGGUUUUAUCACAGGAUUUUUAGCAGCACCUCAGCAGUCAGACCACGAUGCUGACCAUCCACUCCCGUCUCUUACCUCCGCACUUAACUUUGGACAAGCUAGAUAAACGUUCUAGGUCCUAAUUUAUUUAUUAGUGAAACGAGGCUGACAGUAGUUCCCACUCCCAGGACUAACUCUGAGUAUGUCAAGUGCUAGUCAGAGCGAGAGGAAGCUCUAGUUGGCUUUUAUAGAAGGGCAGACUGUUCACACUGGAGCUAGACUGCUCAGCUCUGAGCUCCCACACACAAAGAACAGACUCUGACAUGAAAGAAUAAAGGUUCUGGCUUAUUUUCUAAAGUUCUUGCUUUUUAGAAACAAACAUUGCCGAAAGGGAGGUUUGUUAUAUCCCCUGUCGUCUGUAGCAAGACAGUUGAAAUAUGUUGCUAUCAAGUUAUGAUCCGAGCUCAUCCCGAGAGAUUCAUUUGUUUCGUGGAAUUGUGUGCAAGUGCAUUUCCCCCAGCCUUUUCUAUCCUUAAGUGGAAAUUAUUCCAGCACUACUUAAAACUUGGUGGUGCUUAUUUGAAUAUUUUCAUUCUGCUUCCAGGAACACGGGGGUGUCCAUUACAGUGCUGGGAAAUACAUACUUACAGAAAAUAGGGAUUGAUUUUCCCCGCAGUGGUGUUCUGAAAUGUUCUGAGGAAGUGGCUGAUGUACAUGGCUGAUUUUAAAGAAACAAAGUUAGAACGUGAUAAAUGGUAGGAAUUACCAAAUGAUCCUGAAAUAGCAAAUGUGUGUUUAGCAUUCAUUGGUCUUUAAAAAAAUAAAAUCAAGGCUAGCUUUUAGGGACCCCCUGGGGUUGCUGUAAUGUUAGUAUUCCUUAUGUCAAGGUCAAGAGGUUUUAGACUUUAGUCAGACCCCUGUCUUUUUGCUUUAUUGAUUUUUUUUAACUUUUAUGUACAUCUGCUUUAAAAGAAAAAUAAUCUCGAUUUUGCUCUCUUUAAAAACUCCAACUCACUGUUCACAUUUCUCCUGAGUAUCUUUGGUGCUGCUAACUGCUUCCUUUGUUACAACAUGAACAACGUGGCAUGUGUUUCUAAAAUAAUGCAUCUAUUUUCUCUCCAGGAAAGAAAAUCGUUCCCAAAUGUCCUGUGUGACAAACCAAGUCACUUGUAUAGUUCCUUCAACAUCACAGUUCCAUAACUUUUGUUGUUUGUGCUUUUAAAUUUUAAAUCUUCAAGGCUAUCUUUGGAUGUUGUUCUUUUGCUCAUUAAAGGGUUUCCAUCAGGAUAAGAGAGUUAGAAUUCCAUUGAAAGAGUAAAAAACUGGAAAGUAGUCAACUUCAGUCAAUUGGAGCUCUGGAUUAGAGCAACAGAAAGUGCUACCCCUUCUUUCCAAAUGGUUUUUUUCUAACAGAUAUUUAGAAAACUGCCCCCAGAGUGCCCCCUCCCUCUUUCUCUUGUUACUGCAUAUGUCCUGAAUUUCUUCUGAUAUUUUACUUCCCCGAGGUGUAACAUGUAAAUAUAUGCUGUAUUCUGUAUCAGUAUUUUGUUUCACUGUAGCAAAUUACCAUGUAUUUCAGGGCUAGUCUCACAACUCUGCAGAUCAGAAGGCUGGACCUGGCUCUCAGCAGGGUCCUCUUUCCAAGCUCUCCCAGUAGCUGGCAGAAUUGUUUCUCGCAGGUAUGGAACUUGUAGUAGCUCGCCUCGCCUGGUCUUCGAGGCUGAGAAAAGCAGUUCCUGGUGCUUCAGAUUGGUUUAAAGGACCCAUCCAAGAUAAACUGCUUUGGGGUUAAGUGGAUAUUUACAGAUUCAUAGCUUCUUGGAAGCCAUUUUGUUCCAUAGGUUCUUUCCCAAGGACUUGGGAUGAGCAGCCUGACCUCAGAAUGCUGGACAUUCAAGUUCUUCUGAGAAAUUGGCCUGCCUUAUUCUUGACUUUCAAAAUACAAUAAAUACAUUGUAUCCUGUUUAUUUCCUGUGUACAAGGUUGUAACCUUUAUUUUGUAAAUGAAUAAAGGUAGAGCUAUAGAGGUGGCCCAAUGGUAAAGAGCACUGGCUACUCUUCUAGAGGGCCUGACUUUGUUUCCCAGCAUCCACUUGGCGGUUUACAGCCCUCUGUAGCUCCAGGUCCAGAGAUUAUGCCACCCUCUCCUGGCCUGUCUAGGUACUGCAUACGCAUGGUGCACAGACAGACGUGCAGGGAAAACACCCCUACCUGCAAAAUUUUAAAAUAAAUAAAAUACUUGAGAAAUAUAUCAUAGUUAUCUCAAGACUAAAUGCCUUGACGUCUCACAACAUAAAAGGCCGAGUGAAAAAUAAUAGAGAAAAAAUAAUCAGUUAAGUAAGACUUUCAUUCUUAGUUUAGGUUGUUUUUUCUUUGUUUGUUUGUUUUGUUUUAUUCGAGGACAGUCACAGAUUUCAAAUGAAUUCCUUUUACUCAGUUCUCACUUCAAGUGGUUGUGGGAAAAGUAUGAAGUCAUUUCCCCAAGAAAGUAGGUAACAUAAGAGAGGCAGGUUCCCACUCUCUUUAAGAAAUCUAACCUAACACAGCCUCCCAGGGGAACGUAGACCUCCUUGGGCACUUAAUCCCUGUGAAGUUAAAGGAAGCAUGUGACUGCUUCUGCAGGACAGCUCCUAGAAGGUGGAAAUCACAAGGCAUGGUGGUUUGAAUAGGAAUGGCCCCAUAGACUCAUGUAUGGGAAUGCUUAGCUCAUAGGGAGUGGUGCCGCUAGGAGGUGUGGCCUUGCUAGAGUGGGUGUGGCCUUGUUGGAGGAAGUAUGUCACUGUGGGGGCGGGCUUUGAGUUCUCCUAUGCUCAAGCUAUGCCCAGUGUUGACCACAGUCUCCCCCUGCUGUCUGUGGAUCAAGGUGUAGAAAUCAGCUUCUUCUACAGCACCGUGUAGGCCUGCAUGCCACCACGCGCCCUACCAUGACAAUAAUGAAUUUCUUCUCUGAAACCGUAAGCCAGCCCCAAUUCAAUGUUUCCCUUUAUAAGAGUUGCCCAUGGUCAUGGUGUCUCUUCACAGCAAUAAAACCCUAACUAAGCCAGGCAUGGUAGCAUACACUUUUAAUCCCAGCACUUGAGAAAGCAGAACCAACCUGGACUACAGAGUGAGUUCCAGGAGAGUCAGGGCUACUCAGAGAAACCCUGUCUCAAUAAGCAAGGCAGGGUAAGGGUAAAAAGAAAAAGCUAAGACACAAGGCUUUGUUCACCCAGGGCGUGGGCAAAGCAGAUACGCCCACCCCUUACCCCUUUCAUUUCCCACUCCUACGUCCAUAGCAAAGCGUUUCUGCAUUGAGCACAAGAUCAGAUCUAUUUUAUUACUUCGUAACUAUACUACACCGAGUGUAUUGUUACCUGCUCAUAGAAUGCUUUCAAGUCAUGCCCAACAUGCUCGCACAUAAGAUACAUGCUACUCUACUGGACUGACAGUUCCCUCCUUCAGUUUUAGUUAAAGACUUCCUCUAGGAUAUCACAGGGAAGGCUCACGCGAAACCACCAGUGAUCUCACAUGCUAGGCAGAAGAGUCUCAAGGUCGCUCACUCUCUUUUACUCCACUUACCGCCUUCAGUUCUGUCACAUCCUUCCCCCAUUUAAAAUGUUUCCGGAAAAAAAGAGGGAGAAAUGUCGCCGACUCAGAGUUGGGGGGGUCCCUGUAGAAAGUGUAUGGGAUCUCAAACAGAAAUGAGAGAAUUCUCAUCCCAUCCCUAACCGAGAAGCUAUCCACCUCUGAUUGCUUAGAGGGGGGAUAUCUGUGUGUCUAUUUUGAUUUUCAUGCUUGUGUUUUGUUUUCCUUGUUCUUAAUUCAUUUUUUUUUUAGAGAGAGAAUGAAGAUAAAUUUAGGUGGGUAGGGAGGUGAGGAGAACCUGGGUUGGGAAGGGGAUGGGAAAAGAUAUGAUGAUAUAAAAUAUUUAAAUGAUAAAAAUAUAGCUUAAAACAAAAAGAGAGGAAAAGAAAUGAGGGACCCCUGCUUCCGGUUCUGAGCUGGAGCUCUGUUUGUGGAAGGACAAGUAAAAGGUGACCAGGUAGGUAGACAGCGAGAGGAAGGGCUACCCUCCUGUAAUAACCUUGACAUCUCACCAUUCCUUUGGCCUUGGUUUUGCUCAUCACAGGCCUACUUUGUAACUUGACUGUUAAAUUUCUUUAUAGGCCUUAUGAAUAAGAUGUUGAUGUUUGUCUAAAUUUAGACACCUACCCCCCACACCCCCAAUCCUAAAUUUCACUCUCUUCUCAUCCACUGCGUCUGGUUAAACAAAUAAAUAAAUAAAUCCUCACCACCACCUCCCCUUUGAUCUUCAUUUCAGGUUAUUCAAAAUGUAUGGCUGGCGUCCUUCAAAGGAGUAGCGCGGUUACGGGAUGUUUUAUUCAGCGUGUGCCUGCUCUGUCCUUUGUGUGGCUAUUCAGAUUGCUGUGGAAUCUGACCCGAAAGGCGGUCAUGGAUUUUUUGCCCACCGUAAAUGACAAGCAGUGGUAUAUGGUGAACGCUAUAGGCAUUCUGGAAAUUUCUGUAGCGGCGUCUAUUUCACGCAAGUCUGUUUCCUUAGGAAUGCUGGAAGGUUCCACCUAAACUCUUUAGUCAGAGACCCAGGUUUUAUCUCACGUGUAACACAGAGUGGAAAUAAUUCAGAAUGCAAUUACAAGUCGAGGAUGCGUUAAAAGAGAGCAUGCAAUAACUUAAAAAAAAACUGAUUGUUUUUAAUAAUUCCAUGCCUUUGGGACAAAAGGACAUUCGCUUUUUAUGCCCACCCCUUUGGAGGUCCACUUCGUUUUUCAUUGGCUGCCCAUGAAAUCUUUCGGAGAUCAUUACCUUAGUGCCCCCUAAUGAAAUGUAAAUAAAAUGAAUGAUUACAGCUUGAUUACGGGUCCAGUAUUUACGAGGCUUCUGGUAACUCGGUGCAUAAAUUUAAGGGCGUGAGUAAAUUCUCUCAGGGCCAGUUGAUGCAGAGUGAGCUGUUUUUCUUUUCUAUUUUUUAUGAUGCACUAAUUCUUUGCAUUUCUAGAUUCUUUAUUGUUGUUUCUGUCCCCGAAAAAGUGAGAUUCUGGAAAACGUGUGUGUUUGUGUGUGUGUGUGUGUGUGUGUGUGUGUGUGUGUGUGUGUGUGUAUGCGCGUGUGCACACACACGCGUGCAUGCGUGUUUCCUGGGUGAUGUUUAUGGUCCCUGUUGAGUUCAGGACAAACCGAGGUGGCUGGCAGAGUCUGACCUGUCAGAGGAACAGGAAAAGAAAGGAGCCUUGCUUUCCUGUUUGCUUUGAGCAGCGUGCCUAUCUUCCCACAAAGGAAAACAUGGCAGCACGCUCUCCCUUUUCAUUUGUCAUAACCCAGCUCACUUUCAAGUCUAGGAACAGCACAGUGGAAUGGGUUAAGUGUUCUGUGCCUGGUUGGGUUAGUUUUCGCUUUUUCCUCUAUACAAAGAAAGUUAGCCUGCAUCUCAGUUUAACUACUCAGCACCGUGCUUCCCCGGUAACUUUUCGUUCUAGAAACGCCAUUACUGUGAACUGUUCAUAGUGAAGAUUCUAAUCCUUCCUCAUCCUGCAGAGCAGCUCCUGCAUCAAGAGGUUGAAUAGCCCUUGAAGUACGAUAGGCAUGAGCAAAUCCUAGUUGGAAUAUGUGAUAGCUGAUCUUGGUUAUCGAUUUAAAGUGGAAGGAGAGGGAACUUCAAGUGAAGAGUUGCCUCCCGUGGCUUGCCCUGUGGACAUAUUUGGAGAGCAUAUUUUUGUUGCUAAUUGAUUUAGGAGAGCCCAGUCCACCGUGAGCGAUACCAUCCCUACACAGGGAUGGAGAGAACGAUACUUGAAGGUGAGUGUAGUAGCAAGCCAGUAAGCAACAGUUCUCCUUGGUGUCUGCUUCACAUUCUUGUUCUGACUUCCUUCCGUGAAGAAUUGUAACUUGUAAGAUGAAAUAAACCCUUUCCUCUCCAAAUUGCUUUUGACCCUGGUGUUCCUCCUAGCAAAAUAUGCCUAGACGCCACUGGAAAGGCAGUCUCAUUGUACUUUAGAUUUUAGAUCAUGGAUAGGUUUCAGAUCCUGUCAGAUCCUGUUAGAUCUCCAGAAUGCAUGUUAACAAUCCCUGCAGUAGAGUUACUGAAGCAGAAGGAUAAAGAGUUCAAGACUAGCCUCAGCUAUCUAGAAAAUUCCAAGAGAGCUUAGGGGUUCCUAUUGAUAGUUUGUGGUAUAUGAUCUAUGAUGUGAGGAUGCAACAUGUAAGUUUGGCAAAAAUAUAUUUUAAUACUCAUUCAACUCUCUCAUGUGGUCUAGAGACUUUCAAAACUCUAAUGUAUCUUUCAUCUAAAAUGCAAAGGAAAAUAUAGCGUCAAAGCAGCAAGGUUCCCAGGUAUAGAAGAUCAUUCCUUUAAGCCACUAGCUCUUGACCUUCCUAAUGCUGUGACCGUUAAAUACAGUUCCUCAUGUUGUGGGGACACCCCUCCCCAACCUUAAAAUUAUUUUGUUGCUACUUCAUAAAUUUUAUUUUACUACUGUUAUGAAUCAUAAUAUAAAGAUCUGAUACACAGGAUAUCUGAUUUGCAACCCCCAAAGGGGUCACAACCUACAGGUUGAGAGUCACUGUAUCUAAACAAUAGCCAAGAGUCACAGGCCCUGUUCCAUUCCUACUCGUGUGAGUAAAGAAGGCAGUCAAGUGAUAAAGGAGCCCAGUGGCUGUGAAGAUUUAAGCCUAAGCAAGCCCAGCAAUGGCUUCCCAAACAGCCUGGGCAGAUAGAGAGGAAAGACAAGGAUGAGAAUGAGAACCUGGGGCUGAUUCUGGGUUGGGGUUUCUGUUAUAAGACUGUCCUUGGCUUUUACUGCUGGGAGCAUACACCAUGAUCAAAACAACUCUUAAAGGGACAACACUUAAUUGGUGCUCACUUACAGGUUCAGAGCUUCAGUCCAUUAUCAUCAAGGUAGGAGCAUGGCAGCAUCCAGACAGGGAUGGUGCAGGAGGAGCUGAGAGUUCUACAUCUUCAUCUGAAGGCUGCUAGGAGCAGACUGGCUUCCAGGCAGCUAUGACGAGAGUCUGAAAGCCCAUACCCACAGUGACAUGCUUCCUCCAACAAGGCCACACCUCCAAAUAGUACCACUCCCUGGGCCAAGCAUAUACAAACCACUACAGGGACCAAAGUAUGAGUUGUACUAGACCAUGUGAUCUUAUUUCAAGUUCAAGAUGAUCUGAGAAAAUAGCAGAGUAUUACUGUAAUCACAUGCAAAUUCUAGAUAAUAGAACCCAGGUCUUUUUGAGUAGAUGGCUGCUAUGUGGUUAUACAAGCAUCAAAAUGGACAUUUUACAAUCCUGCCCCUCUGCCUUUUCUUGAUGCCCAAAACCACUGCUAAGCAUCCCAGCCCUUCUCAACAGGAGUAUCCCUUAGCUCCAGAGCACUCCAUAAGCUGGACACACACACACACACAUACACACACACACACACACACACACGCACACGCACACGCGCACACACACGCGCCUGAUCAAACAACGAACUUUUGAUAUACAAAAUAUUUAUGAGUGAAAAUGAGUUAAAAUGUGCAUGUAUCGCAGUCCAUGAUAAAAGGAAGAACUUUGAGGAUGAUCAGUAAGCCUUAUGGUAAAUAGUUGAAGAAGGAAAUGAUAAGGCUUGGAUCCUAAUACCUGAGUUCAGAUGUUCAAUGUGAGAGUGAGUCAUCAUAUCAGAGAAUGUGCCAGGAAGUGCGCAGGCAUCCACAAGUGUGCCCUUUAUUCUCAGAACAGAAAUCAUAUGCAUGCGAGUGGAUCUGUACUUGGUGAUGUACACUGAAGACAUAGGCUUUGUUUCUCUACCACACCUUCCUCACUGGAGAUGACUGAUCACACCGGUCCUCUUAGGCUAGAAAGAGCAAUUUUAAUCAUCUGUCCAAGGCGUGCCUUUUCUGAGGUUAUUGAUUGAUAAGGGCGUUGCAACGUCAUAGAUUCAAGUCAACGAGAAGGGUAAGAUCUCUGCAUGUGUCAUUACCCCAGGAACACUGACGACCAAGCCUGCUUUAAAAAGUUCUCAUCCAUAAACCAGGAGUGCUGCUAUAUGCCUGUAAUCCCAGCGUUCAGGAGAUGGAAGCAAGAGAAGCAGAAAUACAGGAUCAACAUCUGCAAUGUAGAAAGUCUGAAGUCAGCCUGAGACCUAUGAGACCAUGUCUCAUUGGAUUAGCAAGUUCUCUACCAUUUCUGCUACUUUAAAAUAGAGAUAAGGCUAAUGGGUUAGAGUAGCUGAAGUUAGGAUAUAAGGGCAAAAGGGAGGACUCAUUCUAGUACAAUCAUAAAAUUAUAGACAUUAAGAUAGAUCCUAUAAAACGCAAAUUUCAUAAAUAACAUUUUCCUGAAUAAGUUUUGACUAAAAAAUUAAAAUGCAGUUGGAGGAUAAUCAAUAACCUCUCAAAUACUACAGAUUAAAGAUAUUUGAUAUUCUGCUCAGGAAAAUCUGAUAAACCAACAUGUGUUUUUUUUCAGCAUCCUUGUACAAAAGGAAGUUAGUCUUCUAUUCCUACUUGCACCAUAUCGAUGGCUGGAUAACAUGGUGAUAUCCAGUUCCCGCAGGCUUGGCAAGGUUGUUAUGUUUCAAUGUUUUCCUGCUGUUCCCAAGAAGAAGAGAUUAUAAUUUUACUUUGCUGUUUCUGGAGAAAUGGAAAUUGAGUGGUGAUCCACUUAGAAAGUGACGGCUUGUGGUAUGUUCUUAGGGACCUUUUUCCUUUGUGUUUGUGAUGCAAGGAGAGCCCAGCUUGUCUCAGUACUCGAAGAGUAGCUGUUACAGUGGGCGUUUGACUAUCAGGGAGAUGGAGAAGAACAUGGCACAGUCUUCUCAGAAACUUUGUAUGCAGAGGAAAUGUGAGGGCAGCGCUGUUAGAACAGCGCCUUUGCCCUGUAUGGCCUGGCUGUAGAGAGGCAUCUCUGUGCAGGAUCAUCUCCUGUUGCAGAGUACGGAGUCGAAGCAUUCAUCUUCACUGCCGUAUGUUUUCCCUUCGGUAGGACUUGGAAGCAAAGGACAAGAGUCUAACCCCAAACUCUGAUUAAGGCAGAUGAGUUUAGACCAGCGUUGCCUCUGGUUUCUCCCCUACCCAUUACGUAGCCCCAGAAUAUAGCAAAGAAAACCCUUUUAAACUGGGAAAUUCUAAGCUUCAUUGUUUUAGUAAUUUGACGUUCAGUGGUGCCCACAAUUCUUGGUAAAAGAAUGGCGGUUAGCCAGCAUGCAAUAUUUAAAAAAAAAAAAAUGACAUUUGUAUGUUUUUUCCAUUGCUGUGCUAGUCUCCAUGGUAUGGAUGGCAUCUAAUCAGGGAAAUGUGGCAUUUUUACUCCCUUGCCUUCAAACAAAAACACACGUGGAUGCAUUAUUUAAUAUAGGUUGUCAGAUCGCCAUGGUAUUUAUAACUGAGAGGCUGUGGCUGAUUUGGAAUUACGCGGGAUAUUAAGGGAGAAGAGUUGCAGAAAGAUGACUUUUUAUAGAGCGGCUCCUCAGAGGUGAAGUGGUUUCUUACAUUGCUGUCUUUCCCAGCUUUUGAAAUCUGGGGUCUGAAAAUGUUACAGACGACAUUUUCUCAGUAGGUUACCUUCGGUGUGUGGCUGUCCCUUCUUGUUGCCAAUCAGUUCCACAAGUGUCUCCAAAGUGAAACAUUCAGAAUGUGCCUUGACCAAGAAGAACUUUCAUGGAAUACUUAGAGAUCAGGGACAGGGACAAACUGGGAAGAGAGCUGUUCUCUGUUCUGUAUUCAUGGUCCUAGAAGCUGAGUAGUUUCACAGUUAUUUUCGACAAAUUCUUACUGAUUAUCAGACAUUUUUUAAAUGCCCUUAUAUGAUUCAAAAUCUGAAAAGCUAAAAUAAUUGACAGAUGUUAUGAGAGUAACCUGUUCAAGGGAACCUUCCCCUCUUUUUUAAUGGGAUUAUUUAUUUACAUUUCAAAUGUUUUCCCCUUUACUGGUUUCCCCUCCGGAAACCCCCUAGCCCAUCCUCCCUCCUCCUGCUUCUAUAAGGGUGCUCUCCCAUCCACCCACCCAUUCCUGCCUCUCUACCCUGGCAUUCCCCUACACUGGGGCAUUGAGCCUUCCCAGGAUCAAAGGCCUUUCUUCCCACUGAUGUCUGACAAGGCCAUCCUCUGCUACAUAUGUGACUGGAGUCAGGGGUUCCUCCAUGGGUACUCUUUGGUUGGUGGUUUAGUCUCUGGGAGCUCUGGGGCAUCUGGUUGGUUGAUAUUGUUGUUCUUAUGGAGUUGCAAACCUUCAAUCCUUUCUGUACCUCCUUCAUUGGGGACCCUGUUCUCAGUUCAAUGGUUGGCUGAGAGCAUCUGCUUCUGUAUUUGUCAGACUCUUUCAGGCUCCUGUCAGCAAGCGUUUCUUAACAUCCACAAUAGUAUCUGGGUUUGGUGUCUGUGUGUAUAUGGGAGGGAUCCCCAGGCGAUGCAGUCUGGAUGGCCGUUCCUUUAGUCUCUGCUCCACACUUUGUCUCUGUAUUUCCUCCUGUGAAUAUUUUGUUCCCCCUUCUAAGAAGGACUGAAGCAAUCGCAUUUCAGUCUUCCUUCAUGUGGUCUGUAAAUUGUAUCUUGGGUAUUCUCAGCUUUUGGACUAAUAUCCACUUAUCAGUGAGUGUAUACCUUGUGUGUUCUUUUGUGACUGGGUCGCCUCACUCAGGAUGAUAUUUUCUAGUUCCAUUCAUUUGCCUAAGAAUUUCACAAAGUCAUUGUUUUUAAUAGCCGAGUAGUCCUCCAUUGUGUAGAUGUGCCACAUUUUCUGUAUCCAUUUCUCCAUGGAAGGACAUCAGGGUUCUUUCCAGCUUCUGGCUAUUAUAAAUAAGGCUGCUAUGAACAUAGUGGAGCAUGUGUCUUUGUUGUAUGUUGGAGCAUCUUUUGGGUAUAUGCCCAGGAGAAGUAGAGCUGGGUCCUCAGGUAGUUGAAUGUCCAGUUUUCUGAGGAACCUCCAGAGUGAUUUCCAGAAUGGUUGUACCAGUCUGCAAUCCCACCAACAAUGGAUGAGUGUGCCUCUUUCUCCACAUCCUCACCAGCAUCUGUUGUCACCUGAGUUUUUGAUCUUAGCCAUUCUGACAGGUGCAAGGUGGAAUCUCAGGGUUGUUUAAUUUUCCAUUUCCCUGAUGACUAAGGAUGUUGAACAUUUCUUUAGGUACUUCUCAUCCAUUCCAUAUUCCUCAGGUGAGAAUUCUUUGUUUAGUUCUGUAUCUCACUUUUAAUAGGGCUAUUUCUCACCUCUAAAAGAUGGUUAGCACUUUUCGAAGUGUUCACAUUCAGAGCUCUUCCACACAUGUAUUGCUAACCCUCUGGAUCGUGUAUCUAGUACAUCCUUAACUCCGUCCACAUCCAAGUGUUACUAAAAGUAAAUAUCUUGGCUUAGAUUAAAUACACAGCAUGUGCUAUGCACAUGAAUUCUUCUGGAGUCAAUUUGUCAAACAUGACAUAUCCAUACUGUGAUCUGGAAAACUAUUAUCUUGUAGUAGAAAGAUUGCAACAUAUAAAGUAAAAAAAAAAUCUCAAGUAAAAAUUUAUGCGCUUGGGAUGUUGGGGAAGUGUACUUAUGUGUGUGUGUAUGUGUGUGUGUAUGUGUGUGUGUGUGUGUGUGUGAGUGUGUGUGUAUGUGAGUGUGUGUGUAUGUGAGCCACAGACAGCACAUUUCGUAUCCCCUUUAGGCAUCUACAUUUUCUAUGUAUCUAAACCUUGUGUUUCCCCCUUUCUACUUUAAUGUUGUUGGUGUUAACUUUCGUUUACUUCAAUGUUUAUUUAGCAUAUUUGUGUGUUCUGGUUCUGGACAGGAUGGUGUUUAACAUAAAUAUUAUAAAGAGAGAGGCAUUCAAGAGAAGGCUGGAGGCUCAGAAAGCUCUCAAUUAGGUUCUUUGCUCUUAGAAGUAGCUUGAGGCUCAUGAAAUCCCCAAAUUCACAAAUUGAGGGGUUUUCACAUAUUUGACAUGUCCACGCAACCAGCAACUUAGGAGGAAAAGAAAACCAAAACAAUGUAGAUUCACAACUUCUGCCACCAGAUCUUCCCUCUACCCCAUGUUCAUUGCCAAUCCUCACACACACACACACAAACACACAUUCACAUACACACACACAUACACACACAUACACACACUCACACACACAUAUACUCACACACAAACACACACUCACAUACACACACAUACACACACUCACACACACAUACACACACGCUCACAUACACACAUACACACACACUCACAUACACACAUACACACACAUACACACACACAUACACACACACAUACACACACACACGUAAAUGUUAAACACCUAUGCUUUCUUUUUCCUUGUUUCUCUUUUUAAACCGUGACAAAAUAUGGUAGCAAGAAAUUUCCAUUUGACCUACUUAUCUAUAAGCACGCAAUUAUGUGAUAUUAAGUACCUUCACCUUGUUGUAUAACCAUCGGCACUACCCAUUUCCAGAACAUUCUCCUCCUCUCCAACUGUGACUCUGGACUAUCAAACAUUGACUUAACAUCUUUACUGCUGGUCUCUAACAGUGACCAUGUUCUUUUCCUUCUUCCUUCCUUCCAUCCUCUCUCUUUCCCUCCUUCCUUCCCUUCCCUCUCUCUCCCCUCCCCUUCCCUCCCUCCCUCUCUCCCUCCCUUCCUCCCUCCCUCCCUCCCUUCCUUUCUUGUGAAUCUAAUGAGUCUAGAUUCCUCAGAUCGAUUGUAGGAGUCAUUUUUAUCAGACAACAGUAAUGGCAUUCCUGUUUUUAUUUCAUUUUAUUUUAUUGAGGUGCAUACCCUACAGUGGGAUGGGUUGCUCAUAGGCAUGUCUUUGUUUUUGAGGAAUCACUGUUAUCUCUCUGCAGUGGCAGUACCACUUUGUUUCCCCACAGGAUAUUAUUUCUGUCAGUAAUUUUUUUCAUAUGGCUAUGAUAUGUAACUAUAGCUCAUUCUACUCUGUCACCGUAUCUCCAUGUACUUAGUGGCCAUUUUUACUAUUGAUGAUUGUCUUAGGGUUUCAUUGCUAUGAAGAGACACCAUGACCAAGGCAACUCGUAUAAAGGGAAACAUGUACUUGGGGCUGGCUUACAGUUUCAGAGGUUCAGUCCAUCACCAUCAUGGCGGGAAGCAUGGCAGCGUGCAGGCAGCCAUGGUGCUGGAGAAGGGGCUGAGAGUUCUAUGUCUUGAUCCUCAAGCAGAGCGAGACUGUAUGCUCCACAUUGAGCUAUACUGGCCAUAUCUUAGGCCUACCUGAACAGUAGCACAUGACCUUCAAAAAAGUCACCUCCUAAUAGUGCUGCUCCCUAUGGGCCAAACAUUGAAACAUGUGAGUCUUUGGUGACCAUACCUAUUUAAACCACCACAAUGGUCAUCUGUGUGAAUUCUAGUUUGGGACUACCUCAAACUAUUAUCUUUCUGUAGCUUUUUAUUAAUAUAUUACUGGAAAGAAAGUCUUAGAAUGAAGAUAGUACUAUACUUACGAAGUGUCCUGAUCACUGCACUUGAUAACAGCUAACUGUGUGGCCAGCUGACGUUGGCCUAGCAGGAGGGACUGUUUGUAUCACAGAAUCAGAAAAUUUGGGUGUCAGGCAUCUGGCAUAACUUGAUCCACGACUAAAUAAUUAACACCAAAUUCUGUUCAUCUCUCUGUUCAUUCUGCCUUUUUAGCUGUUGUCACUAGAUUCAUGAUCACAAGACAGCCAAUGACACUUAACCUCCCAUCUUGAAACACAGCAGGAAAAUAAUCCCACUCUCUCUUGCCCCUAACCUAACUUGAGUGAUAUCCAUAGUCCUAAAGCAAGACUUUUGUUCAGAGAAUAGAUGCUGCUGGCUGGAUCAGCCUGCAGCUUGCACAUUGUGUGUUUACCAGAGCCAAAGCCAGCAGGAUGGGGCGGGCAGCGACACCUCCCAGACUAACCUAGAAUACAGUUAUCACAAGAAUGAAGAGAAAGAACUGCUUGUUUGAGCUCAGGGUGUGGGAAGGUCAGCAUGGUCCAUGACAGCGACACUGUUAGUCUGCACAUAGCUGGCAAAUCACACAGUGCUGCCUGAGGAUCGAGAUAUAAUUGUAGCUACAGAGUUUUACUGCAAAGUAAAAGUCGAAAUCAAAGAGCUUCCUAACGGCAGGUCAAAAAUUGAGGUGUUCAACAUCUCCAUCACUUGCUAUCGUAAGACAGAAUCUUAACUCUAGUCCUGGCUGGCCUUGAACUUAUGAUCUCCCUGCGUCAGCCUUCUGAAUGUUGGGAUCAUAUUUGUGAACCGCUAUUGUUGGCGAGUAUAAAUUUCCCUUCAUUUCCAAGGACUGGUUUGCACUUUUGUUUACUUGCUUUCAUUUUGUUUCUGCUUAAAAAGACUUUAUUCACUUUGAUUAUGGAAGGGAUAUUGUCGAGAAGGAGAAAAAUCACUAAGUCUUGGGGAUGGAAAAGGUUUGUGUUUCUCCCAUUUUAAAAAAUACCAUUGUGUCUAGCUGCAUAUGGUAGAUAAAAAGUACAAGGAAAUUAGGUGAUGUUUCAAUAAAAGCAAGUACAAUAAAACGCAGAGAUACGACAGGAAGUUACUAUCAUCUCUGGCAGCUAAUCUUCCUUUUUUAGAAUUAUUUUAUUCUUAUCAAAAUAUAAUAUAUAGAGAGGGAUUUUUUUUCUUUUCUAUUUUUUGGAGCUGGGGACCGAACCCAGGGCCUUGCGCUUGCUAGGCAAGUGCUCUACCACUGAGCUAAAUCCCCAACCCCGGAAUUUUAAAAAUUAAAUGCUGGGCUAGCUUUAUGAAAAACUGGAUCCCUGCAUUGCCCAUCCCCCACCCUCCACUCCUACUUCCCGUUGAGCUCUUGAAUAAGAGCUCAGUAGUUUCUCAGUAAGGAUUCAGGUUCCUCUAACAUCAGUUAGUUCCAUGCUUUGUGUCUUCAUUAGGGUUUUACUGCUGUGAACAGACACCAUGACCAAGGCAAGUCUUAUAAAGGACAACGCUUAAUUGGGGCUGGCUUACAGACACGGCAGCACCUAGACAGGCAUGGUGCAGGCAGAGCCGAGAGUUCUACAUCUUCACCUGAAGGCAGCUAGCAUGAGGGUCUUAAAGCCCAUGCCCAUGAUGACACGCCUACUCCAACAAGGCCACACCUUCAAAUAGUGCCACUCCCUGGGCCAAGCAUAUUCAAACUGUGACACGCUGCAUACUGACUUCAUUUAGGAUACAGGGAGGGCUGUUCUUCUGACCCCUUAUCCUGUGUCAUUUUCUUGCCUUCUCAUCUACAGUUUCCCCAUCUAAAGACAGCAUUAAGCGUGAUUUUUUUUUUUUGGUUAAAUCAGUUUUCAAUAUUUAUAUUAUUCCAGAUAUGCUUGAGUUAGUUUCUCAUUGCUAUAGUGACAAGUCACUUUAAACUUAGUGUCUUAAAAUAGUACAAAGUUAUCAUCUUACAAUGCUAGGGACCAGAACACUGAACUGUGCUUUGGUAGCAAUUGCACAGAGCCAAGGGCUGUCUUCUUCUAUAAGCAGUCCCUUCCCUUUAGAAGCUUCUAGAGCUCCUUAGCCUUGGCUGUAUCACCCUACUAUCUGCUUCUACCAAGUCUCCAACUCUGGCUUCUCCCCUGCAUUGUGAGGGCUCUGGGUUUUAUGACAGAUGAAUGCCAAAAGUGCAAGACCAUCCUCUUGCCUCAGCAUCCUGAAUGUGAAGAACAAACUCGCAAUUACAAUGUAAGAUGAGUAUACAGACGGGCAUCAUGACAUUAUCAGAGGGCCAGCAUUCUGUACACAGUGUGCUCUGUGUUGACCUACUAAUCACAUUUCCAUUCUCCCCGAUGACUGUGUUUUUCAUGGCUGCUUUUACUCUGCCUGGAUUCUAUUUAGCUAUCAUGAAUCCUUUCCACAUUCUCCUACAGAGCUUCAUUUCUGCUUUCCGCUCCGCAAGUGGUAUUAGUAACCUCUCAUUAUGUCCUGUAUUGAAGCUGCUCCUAGGCCCUCAGCUUCUGGCUCAGGUCACCUUCUCUGCUCUUGUAUGUUAGCAACCUCUUUUGGGGAUUUCCUUUUGGUAGCAAUUGCCAACACCCUGGUGAUUCCCUCAGCCUUUCUCUGUAUACUGCCUCUUCCUUGCUCUCAUGCAUUUCCUCUGAAUGGUUUGUUAUUGUUUAGCACAUCCUCCAGUAGUUGAGAAUAAAUGUGAUACCUUACAUUCCUUACUGUCUCUUUAGAAGGUAUGAAGAUGUCGAGGAAAAGCUUUCUCUUACUGACUGCAGAGCCUCACAAGAAAGGGCUGGAUGCUCUGUCUUGAGCUUUCUGGGCUUCUGUACAGAGCUUAGGGAUGAUUUUUCUCAAAAGUCUUACAAACAUAAAACAUUCAAACAGUGUCCAUUACAGAGGACACCCACACUCAGUCUCAUAUUAGUUCCCCAGUGAGGUCAUAGAGAGUCCUUAUAAAAAAAGGUCCGUUCAAAGAAUUAACCCCAGCUAUUAAAAGGCACCCCUCCCCAUAAAACCAGUUUCUGAUCCCUGGUCAUGAAGAAUUCAAAGCAUUAAUUUCCCCUGUCCAUUUCCUCCUGCUUCUUCAACUGAUAACAAUCUUCAGGACCUGUCGCCACAUACUAUUUAUUUCUGCAUCCUCCAUAAAGCCCUGGACUGUCCCUCAUUUGGGCAGACUUCUUGAUAAUCAUCAACCAAGCCGGCCUUGGUCCAACAUCCAAACCCCUGCAGUAGAUAUUCUUUGUCAUUCUUUCCCAGUGUUUGUGAAUUGACAGCUUAUAUCCGCCAGUGACCUCUACAGAUGACUAAAUGCCCUAGUUUCUGAGCCAAAGACACCAUCUAGCCCUUGACUCUGUGUCAUCCAAGAUGCUGGUAGCCUACUGCUAUCGGUAACCAUGUUGUAUAUGUCCUUAUUGAUUUCCCCGGAUUAAUGACUUGAUAGAUGGGCCUUUUGAUCUCAUUCGUUGUUGCAUCUGGAACAGGCCCAGAUGAACAGAAAUUUAUUAAAUGAAUGAUGAUACUAGCUAUUAAGAGUUCUUCAUGUCAAUACCUUUAUCUAACACUGUAUUAUGUUGAUGUUAAAGGGAAAGGACCAAUCAUAUAUGCCAUCUUUGAAAGUUUACUUCAACUAUACUCUCCUUGGAGGAACCUACAGAUAGUUGAGUAUUCGUCAAGAGCGGUAGCCCCUUUCACUCAUGGCUUGCAUCCUGUAUGUUCCUUAUAGAAUCCUGAACCUCAGGAGAAAAGAAGAGAAAAAGAUAUUAGGUUUAGGAGAUCUGUCUCAUGAGUUUCACAAGAGAAGCCAAGCAGUUAGAUUCAACUUCCCUUUGGCCAUGCGUGUCAGAUGCAUGUAUUUGGAAUCACUACAGGGUAAGCUUCUUCAGCUUUGUCCUCUGAGCAGCUGCGGAACCUAUUUUACUGACUAUUGAGUCCUUGUGCUCAGCAGAGUUUUCUAUCUGGGUUGCUGUUCAGAAUGGCAUGGAUUCCUUGGUAAUUAGGUUUCUGUGACUCAGAAGUACUUCUGGGGCUCUGGCUAUAAAAAGCCACUCCCCUUGAAAGGACCGAAGUCUCCAUGUGCCUUCAGGUUAGUUAGAUGGCUGAGAAUCAGAAAUGUGAAGUGAGAGGUAAAACAAUAAGAGGGUCGCCCUCACCUCCACCUACGCUGAGCGCUGUGAAACCAGAAUCUCAGUACUUAAAACAGGUCCUUGCUGCUAAGCGUCUUGAAGAUGCCCCUUGUCUCUUCUUCAUUGGGGUUUCCAGAACAGUACAGGCAUUUGGGGCUGGGUAGUUCUUUGCUGUAGGGGAUGGUGUCAUCUCUGUUUUGUAGGCUGCUUAGCAGCGUCCUGACCACCUACUAGAUGCCAGAACAGCAGUCCUCCUCUACAUAAAACCAAAACCAUCCCCCAUCCUUGCAAAACCUAAUUGAGAGCUAUCAUUCCGGAGACAAUAUAACAAGACCACAACAAAAGCCAUGGCACUGGGUUUGUUCAAAUGAAUAAUGUCAGGGCUAGAGGGAUGGGCUCAGUUGUUAAGAGCAUGGGUUCUUCUUCCAGAAGACCAGGGUUCAAUUCCAAGCACCCACAUAGCAGGUCACAGCUGUCCGCAACUCCAGUCCCAGGGGACCUGCCACCCUCACACAGACAUACAUGCAGGCACAAUACCAAUGUACAUGAAAUAUAAAUGAAUAAAAAAAAUUUUUUAAAUAAUGCAUGUCACUGGAUGUCAUUUAUAAAAUUUAUAAUAAGAGAAGGCUCCUGUUUUAUGCCUUCUGAGGCCCUCCAAAGCAAUGUCAACCAAUGUCCUCUGGACUUAUCCCACCAAAAUCAUGUCGUAUUGCUCUAGGAUGAGCUGUUUUAAUCUAUAACUUUUGCAACACAGGACUCCAUUCCUUCAUUUUAAAAAUUUUUUUAUUUGUUUGUUUAUUUGUAACUUUUUCUGGGGGGAAUAUAUGGGUGGCCGCCCUCGGUCCUGGAGAUACAGUACAGGUAGACAAUCAAAUAUAGAGGAGAUCAAGUGGUUGUAGGUGCUGAAGAGAAAAGAAUGUCAAGAUGAAGAAAAAGACUCACUAGGCACGGGAGGGUUGUAUGUAUCCAAAUGGGAUAGCCAGAAAAGGUAUCAAGAAAGUUCAGAGUCCAGGUAACAAGGAACAUGUUUGUCUUCCUUCAUGAGGAAGUCCACCUUCCAAUGAGGAAGGAUUUGUUUUAUUUGCUGUUUCAGAGAUUUCAAUCCAAAGCUUAGCAACCUAGGUCUGAUGUUCUGUGACCAUGAUGAGAUGCUCAUCGUGGUGGAGCAAGGCCAAGAAUCUCCUGAUGACCAGAAGGCAAAGAAAGAGAAAGAACCUGGGUAUCCUUGUUCUCGUCAAGAGCAUGCAACCUAAGCUCCAACUACUUUCAACUAGGCUUAACCUCAAAGGUUCCAACCAACCCCAAGUAAUACUACAGGCUGGGGUCUGACAGGCUAUUGGGUACCUUUAAGAUCCAAACCAUAACAGAAGUACUAGGGAAAUGAGGUAGAUAAAUGAGACAUUAGUGACAAACAGAGAAGGGUUUGGGAGGUUAAGGUCAGUGCAGAGCUUUGCGUACCAGCUAUUCUGUGAGUUCUGAUCUACUCCACCACCCAGGCUUAAAAACUAGUAGUAAAUCACAGCCAACUUUAUGUCCUCCCUCUUUUCCUUCCCUACUUAUUUGGAACCAAGCCCUCAUUAUGUUAUUUCAUCUGUGAAUACUUUCAUGUACGUCUCUGAAAGAUAAGGACUUAAAAGUGAUUACGAUGGGGUUGGGGAUUUAGCUCAGUGAUAGAGCGCUUGCCUAGGAAGCGCAAGGCUCUGGGUUCGGUCCCCAGCUCCGAAAAAAAGAACCAAAAAAAAAAAAAAGUGAUUACGAGAUACUAUGCUGGCAAGUAAUUGUCUUUCCCCAGAUCCCCACACUGUGUGUAUUUGUUUUUAUAUAGACACAUCUACAUACUUGAUGGUGAUUGUUAAUUGUCAGCUGAUGGAAUCACAAGGCACUUAGGAGAUGAGCUUCUGGGUGUGCCCAUCUUGAUUGUGUUCAUUAGGUUGAAAGACCUGCCCACUAUGGGCGGUAUCAUUCCCUGGCUGGGAUCCUAGAUUGUAUAAGUAGAGAAAGGAAGCUGAAUGAGAAUGCGCAUUUAUAGGUCUCUGCUUCUGAUUGUGGGUGUGCUGUUCAAGCUCUUCCACCUGAACUUCUCUGCCAAAAGGGGCUAUAUCCUUGAUGUGUGCAUCCAAAUAAACCCUUUCUGCCUUUAGAAGUUGCUUUUGUCAGGAUAUUCUAUCACAGAAACAGAAAGGGAACUAAAGUAUGUAUACAUAUUUAUGCAUAUGUUACAUAUAUUUAAUGUGUAUAUAAGGUCUAUAUUGUUAUUUUUUGAAAUGUCUGAUUAAUUUUUUAUAAUUGCUUUGAUAUCAGGAUCUACAAGGUUCAUGGGUCUGGUCGUUUGAAUAGGCCCAUAGGGAAUGGCACUAUUAGUUGUGCCUUGUUGGAAUAGGUAUGUCGCUGGGCUAGUGGUUUCAGAAGCAAAGAAGUAAAGGCCUUGUGGUUCAUUGUCUCUCCCUGCUGCCUAAGGAUCAAGAUGUAGACUUCUCAGCUUCUUCUCAAGCACCAUUUCUGCCCGCAUGCUGCCACACUUCCCACCAUGACGAUAAUAGACUUAACCUCUGACCUAUAAGCAAGCCCCAGUUAAUAGAUGUCACGGUCAUAGUGCCUCUUCUCAGCAAUGAAACUCUAAGAUAAUGGAUUAGUUAGUUGCUGUGUAUCUUAAGCCCUUUUAGUCUUACAGGUUCAAUUUUCCAUGUCUUUCCCCCUUACUAGAAAUAAGUGUGUAAAUAAUUACAAAAAAUAUUUGUUUAGAACAUAUUACUUUAGGAAACCCCUCAUUUGUUUUGGCUUUUGCUGGUCUUGUCUCUGAUACUAUUUAACAUGUUGUUUCUCCGCUUCCUGCACACGGGUAUCCUGAUAGAGAAGCUUGGCUUUCUCCAGGGCUCUGUGACAUUUUUGAUAAGACUAAGUCUCAUUCUUGCCUCAGGAGACACGUAUUGUCCAGUGUAAAUCUGUCUGUGCUGUCAACAGUCAGCAGUGCUCACAGCCUAGAUCCACUGAUUCAUGAACACUUGGAAAACAGUAUUCUGAGCUUUCCAUCUCUUCUCUGUUUGCCAGUUGGGAAUGCUGUAUAUAAAAGAUUCAUUUCCUUAUCUACAAGGUAUAACACAUAGGAAAAGCAAAGUGUUUGGUGCUUCCUUUUCCAGGUGCCGAGGGGUCAUUCUCUAGCUUCCACCAAGGUGUCCAUGGCCACCUUACUUCCCUCCUACUCUCCUUCCUCCUUUCUUAUACUCCUGACUUCAGACAAGUGUUAUGUUGUUGUUCUUUCUGAUACUUGACUACUCAACUGGACCCAAGUGUGUUUGGUAUGAAUGAGAAGGAAGUUACUAGGAGCUUUGUUCAGAAAAGUGACCUGUUGCAGAGAAGAACACUUUAGAUUUCCUACGGUCUCUAUGGCAAAGAGGAUACCUAGGAAGAAUGUUGGAGAGAGCAGUCUAGGAAAUGAAUCCAGCUAAGAAUCCUGUGCCUUGGAUCUGGGUGAUUUCAGGAGAAAGACUAAAGAGAGACCACACAUCUGACAUUGGAAGGAGGCUUAUUUGGAGGCUGAGGGUCAUGAUUAUGAGUCUAAUUUUGAAUAUAUUACAUUAAAGUUAUUGAAAGAACAUACUAGUGAAAUUGGCCCCUAGCCCAGUGGCAUGUAGAACUACAAAUCGCUUGAGAAGAACUGUGUAUGAAAGUUUAUGGGGUUAGAUUAAAGUAUAUUUCCAAAAAUGAGAUUCUCCCAUAAAAACUAAAGAAUUUCAUAGUUUGACUAUUCUUUUAAACUAAAGGUAACUGAUUUUUAAAAAUUAUUUUGAUUUCUUUUAAAUCACCACUUCUAAGUAAAAUUGAUCUCUUUGUGAUCAAUAGGUUUUCAUUAUUUCUUCUUCUUUUUUCUUUUACUAAAUUUAAACUACUUUAUAUACCCUUCCAUUGCACUUCCUAUGGAGACAAGGGUGGUCUUAGGGCUUCGCUUCCAGUAGGAUUUAUUGCUUCUAAAAGGUAAGAGGGUUGGCUACUGACCCUGAAGGAGAAGUUGAUGACUAGUUAAAAAUCAACAAUUUUCAUAGAGAAAAUAAGGGACUCAGCAUCAUUGUGGGACACUACAUAAAUAUUCAUCUGGGCUCAGCUCGGAAGAGUUACAAACGGUUGCUCAUACCAUGAGGGUAACACUAGGAGAAACCAAAUGGAAGCCAAAUAGAGUCAGAUGUGUUGGAGAAAACCAACCUCUGCUUUUCUCCUUGGCCCUCUGUAUGGGACACAAUCUGAACCACAGUAACGUGGCAGCAGUGGAUAUGCCACGUUGAACCUAGGCACUGCCACCGUCUGUGUGCCUUAGCUGCUGUUGUGGCAUAAACAUGGAGUAUGGCUUCACAGCCUCAGGGUAUAGCUCUGUGAACAUGCCAUAUCACCUACAGUGGUGGUGGCAGUGGUGUGUGUGUGUGCCCAGCCUAGUAGUACUUAAAAAAUUAGAGUUCUUGAUGAAAGAAAAUUAAGAUUUUUUUUUUCUCUCUUGGUGUUUCUUUUCAACCAACCAGUGGUUGCCAAACUUUAAAACAUUUUCAAAGGUAUCAGAGGAAGUGACUCAGAUAUGUUCUUCAUAUAUGACAACAGCAGUGCAGUUAGUUCCAGGUUUUGAAUACUGUGGGGGGAAAAACGUGUUCCUUGAAUAAAUACAGGAUGAAACUUCCUGGCUUGUGAAAUACAUGCUGUAUGCUGUCUCUUUCCUUCCUAACCCAUAUUAGAUCGCCAUUGUAAAGUAUGGUACACUGGGAUAUUCUUAAAGACAGCUUUUCAGAACUAAGAAUGUGCGCUCCUGUCUCUGGAAUCAAUCCCUAGUUGGUACUUUCCCACCACCGGGUUACACCCCGCUCACAUAAGUCUCUGCUUUGAAACAGAGUUCAACUUCCCCCAAAUUAGCACACUUAGUUUAUUCCUCUUUCUGCUGAUUGCCAUAUAUAGAAAAAAAUCUAAUUAUUUCCACCAGGCACAGUCCCUCAUCUCUUUUGGACUAUGAGAAAUGCUGUUAACUCUGAGGAGGGAGGAAACAGAGCUUCCCUAGGGUGGCAAAUUCAGGCCCUAAGUGUCAGGGGGUUGCUGAAUGGGGAGGGGUAGUUGACAUUUUGCUUAGAGGAACUCUUUUAUGUACGAUACUGUUGCUUUAUAUUUUUCCUCCAAGUCUGCACCGUGAAAGGGACUCUGUCUCACUGAGGUAAAAAGUGGGUCUGUGAGUGUAGCGACUUUCUUUAAAAAAAAAAAAAAUCAGAAACCAAUUACUUGAUAUGCAGAGCUGCGAGCCUCGCUCCUUUAACGAAAUCAGUGCAGUGCGCACCACAGUUAACCUGAGGAAAGCCGCUGACAGCUCUUGAUUCUGCUGGAGGUGGAAGGACCCAAACUUACAGGAUUCCCCCUCCCCCCUGAGAGGUUGUUAGUCCAGUCCUUCAGAGAGGUUCCUUUUGGCUCUCUGUCAUCACCGGGACGCUGGCAGAGAGUGUGUGUCAUGGUUACAAUAGAGCGCGGUAACAUACACCAACCAUGAAAGCCCAGCGGGAGAGACUACAGAUUCCGGGGCUGACCUUGGAUCUCACUCCAAGGAGCCUGAGUCCAACCCCAUCCAGCCCGGGCAGCCCCUGUAGUCCUCUCCUGACCUUUCACUUCUGGAGUUGCCGGACAACCAACCGGAAGAGUUUGAUAAGCAAUGGCCAGUCACCAGCAUUGCCUAGACCACAUUCACCUCUCUCUGCUCAUGCAGGAAAUAGCCCUCAAGACAGUCCAAGGAAUUUCUCCCCCAGUGCCUCAGCCCAUUUCUCAUUUGCGAGGAGAACGGAUGGGCGCCGCUGGUCUCUGGCUUCUCUCCCCUCCUCAGGCUAUGGGACAAACACACCGAGCUCUACCGUCUCUUCAUCCUGUUCCUCCCAGGAGAAGUUGCACCAGCUACCAUACCAGCCAACACCAGACGAAUUACACUUCUUGUCCAAACACUUCUGCACAACGGAAAGCAUCGCCACUGAGAACCGGUGCAGAAACACGCCCAUGCGUCCGCGUUCCCGGAGUCUCAGCCCUGGACGUUCCCCCGCCUGCUGUGACCAUGAAAUAAUUAUGAUGAACCAUGUCUACAAAGAAAGAUUCCCAAAGGCUACGGCGCAGAUGGAAGACCGUCUGAAGGAAAUCGUCACCAGCUACUCUCCAGACAACGUCCUCCCCUUGGCCGACGGGGUGCUUAGCUUCACUCACCAUCAGAUCAUUGAGCUGGCUCGUGACUGUCUGGAUAAAUCCCACCAGGGUCUCAUCACGUCAAGAUAUUUCCUUGAGUUGCAGCACAAGCUGGAUAAGUUGCUGCAGGAGGCUCAUGAUCGCUCUGAAAGUGGAGAACUGGCGUUUAUUAAGCAGCUAGUCCGAAAGAUCCUAAUUGUCAUUGCCCGCCCGGCACGGUUAUUGGAGUGCUUGGAAUUUGAUCCCGAAGAAUUUUAUUACCUAUUGGAAGCUGCAGAAGGCCAUGCUAAAGAAGGGCAAGGGAUCAAAAGUGACAUUCCCCGGUACAUCAUCAGCCAGCUGGGACUCAAUAAGGACCCUUUGGAAGAGAUGGCUCAGUUGGGGAAUUACGACAGUAGAACAGCAGAGACGCCAGAGACAGACGAGUCCGUGAGCAGCUCAAAUACUUCCCUGAGACUUCGAAGGAAACCCCGAGAGAGCGAUUUUGAGACGAUUAAAUUGAUCAGCAAUGGGGCGUAUGGGGCAGUCUACUUUGUUCGGCACAAAGAGUCCCGACAGAGGUUUGCCAUGAAGAAAAUCAACAAGCAGAACCUCAUCCUUCGGAACCAGAUCCAGCAGGCCUUCGUGGAACGUGAUAUCCUGACUUUCGCAGAGAACCCCUUCGUGGUCAGCAUGUACUGCUCCUUUGAAACGAGGCGUCACUUAUGCAUGGUCAUGGAGUACGUGGAAGGGGGGGACUGUGCGACCCUCAUGAAAAACAUGGGGCCUCUUCCAGUUGAUAUGGCCAGGAUGUAUUUCGCAGAGACGGUCUUGGCCUUGGAGUAUCUGCAUAAUUACGGAAUUGUACACAGGGACUUGAAGCCAGAUAACCUGUUGGUCACCUCCAUGGGGCACAUAAAGCUGACUGACUUUGGCUUGUCGAAGGUGGGGUUGAUGAGCAUGACUACCAAUCUCUACGAAGGUCAUAUUGAGAAGGAUGCUCGAGAGUUCUUAGAUAAACAGGUCUGUGGCACACCUGAAUACAUUGCCCCCGAGGUGAUUCUGAGACAGGGCUACGGGAAACCCGUGGACUGGUGGGCCAUGGGCAUCAUCCUCUAUGAGUUUCUCGUUGGGUGUGUGCCUUUCUUUGGGGACACUCCAGAAGAGCUAUUUGGACAAGUCAUCAGUGAUGAAAUCAACUGGCCUGAGAAGGAUGAGGCCCCUCCUCCAGAUGCUCAGGACCUGAUUACCUUGCUCCUCAGGCAGAAUCCGCUGGAGAGGCUGGGAACAGGUGGUGCCUACGAAGUGAAGCAGCAUCGCUUCUUCCGCUCCUUAGACUGGAACAGUUUGCUGAGACAGAAGGCGGAAUUUAUUCCCCAACUGGAAUCGGAGGAUGACACAAGUUAUUUUGAUACUCGGUCAGAGAAGUACCACCACAUGGAGACAGAGGAGGAAGAUGACACAAACGAUGAGGACUUCACCGUAGAGAUAAGGCAGUUUUCUUCCUGUUCGCACAGGUUUUCAAAAGUUUUUAGCAGUAUAGAUCGAAUAACUCAAAAUUCGGGAGAAGACAAAGAUGACUCGGAGGACAAGACCAAAAGCACAACUUUGCCAUCCACGGAGACGCUCAGCUGGAGUUCCGAAUACUCUGAAAUGCAACAGUUAUCGACAUCCAACUCUUCAGACACCGAAAGCAACAGAUGUAAGCUCAGUUCUGGCCUGCUUCCUAAACUGGCUAUCUCGGCAGAGGGAGAGCACGGUGAGGCUGUCCCUUGUUCUGGAGACCCCAGAGAGGAGCCAGACAAACCCGUCCUUCCUCCUGAGGAAGGUACUCAGGAGGAGCCCGAGGUCACCACUCCAGCCAGCACUAUCAGCAGUUCCACACUGUCAGUUGGCAGUUUUUCAGAGCACUUGGAUCAGAUAAAUGGGCGAAGCGAGUGUGUGGACAGUACAGAUAAUUCCUCAAAGCCAUCCAGUGAAUCUGCUUCUCACAUGGCCCGACAGCGAUUAGAAAGCACAGAGAAAAAGAAAAUGUCCGGGAAAGUCACAAAGUCCCUCUCUGCCAGUGCUCUGUCCCUCAUGAUCCCAGGAGAUAUGUUUGCUGUAUCUCCAUUGGGAAGUCCAAUGUCCCCACACUCCCUGUCUUCAGACCCUUCUUCUUCUCGGGAUUCCUCUCCCAGCCGAGAUUCUUCUGCAGCGUCUGCUAGUCCCCAUCAGCCCAUCGUGAUCCACAGUUCAGGGAAGAACUAUGGAUUUACCAUCCGAGCCAUCCGCGUGUAUGUGGGGGACAGUGACAUCUACACGGUGCACCAUAUCGUCUGGAACGUAGAAGAAGGAAGUCCCGCCUGCCAGGCCGGGCUAAAGGCCGGCGAUCUGAUCACACACAUCAAUGGAGAGCCAGUCCAUGGACUCGUCCACACAGAAGUCAUCGAGCUCCUGCUGAAGAGUGGGAAUAAGGUGUCAAUCACCACUACCCCAUUUGAGAACACAUCGAUUAAAACGGGACCAGCCAGGAGAAACAGUUACAAGGGCCGGAUGGUGAGACGAAGCAAGAAGUCCAAGAAGAAGGAAAGUCUAGAAAGGAGGAGAUCUCUCUUCAAGAAGCUAGCCAAGCAGCCUUCCCCUUUACUCCACACCAGCCGCAGUUUCUCCUGCUUAAACCGGUCCCUGUCAUCUGGAGAGAGCCUCCCUGGUUCCCCAACUCACAGCUUGUCCCCACGAUCUCCAACACCCAGCUAUCGUUCUACCCCCGAUUUCCCAUCAGGUACAAAUUCUUCCCAGAGCAGCUCCCCAAGUUCAAGUGCCCCCAAUUCUCCAGCAGGUUCAGGGCACAUCCGGCCCAGCACCCUCCAUGGCCUGGCCCCCAAACUCAGUGGGCAGCGAUAUCGAUCUGGAAGACGGAAGUCAGCUGGCAGCAUCCCGCUCUCCCCGCUGGCCAGGACACCCUCUCCAACUCCACAACCUACCUCUCCUCAGCGUUCACCAUCCCCACUGUUGGGACAUUCCCUGGGCAGUGCCAAGAUCACUCAGGCCUUUCCGAGCAAGAUGCACUCUCCCCCCACAAUCGUCAGACAUAUUGUGAGGCCAAAGAGCGCAGAGCCUCCCCGCUCCCCACUGCUGAAGAGGGUGCAGUCUGAGGAAAAGUUGUCACCCUCCUAUGGCAGUGACAAGAAGCACCUGUGCUCCCGCAAGCAUAGCCUGGAGGUGACACAAGAGGAGGUACAGAGGGAGCAGUGUCAGCGGGAAGUGAUGCUGCAGAGCCUAGAGGAGAAUGUAUAUGACGCGCCUUCCCUCAGUCGGGCCAGGCCGGUAGAGCAAGGCUGUCUGAAACGCCCUGUGUCCCGGAAGAUGGGCAGGCAAGAGUCUGCAGAUGACCUGGACCGGGACAAGCUGAAGGCCAAGGUUGUAGUAAAGAAACCAGAGGAGAAACAUGAACCCCACCAGAAACCUCACAGCCUUGGUAGUGAUUCAGAAAGCUAUGCCCUCUUCAGGCUGGAGGAGAGAGAGAAAAAAGUGUACCCCAAGGGAUUGGAAAGGUCAGGUCACUUUGAAAACACAUCAGCAGAGUCACCUUCAGUGGGCAGCCUGCUGAAGGACACUCUUCACAAGCAGGCCAGUGUGAGGGCCAGCGAGGGGGUGACCUUAGAUGGGGCAGCAUGCAGUCUGGCCCCCGGGGAGCACAGCCAAUCUCUUGGUGACUUUAAACGGGCCUCGGCUUCUGGCAACCUCCACGAUAGUGUGUGCCCCAUCUCUGACAGGCCUGCUCCUGGAAAGGUUGAAUACUCAGAGAAGGCCUCUCAGGCCAAAGAGCUCCUUCGAAGUGAGAAACUAGACAGCAAGCUGGCCAAUAUUGAUUACCUCAGAAAGAAAAUGUCAUUGGAUGACAAAGAUGACAGCCACUGUGCCAUCCUGAAACCCAAGAUAACGUCUAGCACCCAUGAAUGCCUGCUGGGGAACCCCGUACGACCCAUGGCUGGGCAACAAGAGACCCUGUCAGCCUCUGAGAACCGGGCAUUCAUCAAUAGUACUCACACACCUCAGAUGAGUGGUGUUUCCUUUGUUCCUCUCAAAGCCCUAGCUGGCCGGGUAGAGAAUGGAGGGGAGAAACCAGGCUUAGCUGUUCCGGAGUCCCCUGUCAGGAAGAGCCCCUCUGAGUAUAAGCUGGAGGGCAGGUCAGUUUCAUGCCUGAAGCCGAUCGAAGGCACCCUGGACAUCGCUCUCCUCUCUGGACCUCAUGCUUCCAAAACAGAGCCUUCCCCAGAGCCUGCACAGAGCCCCAGCCCAGGCAUCAACGUGGGACCGUCGGUGCCACCAGCUCUUCCCGGUAGCAGUGGGAAAAAGGGAGAUUCCGCUAGCCUGAGAGAGCCUUCCUCAGCCAACUUAAAAGUGAAUAAAUCUUACCUGCAGGAGCCUCGGUUCCUGCCCCCGAGCCGGGCUCUUCAGGACUCUCUCGCUGCUCCUGGGCCAGACCGGAAGUCAAAGCAGGAGAGGACGAUCAUUCAUCCUUCUGCCAGGAGCACAGCAACUGUCACAGAGAGCAACCGCCAGCAGAAAGAGAGUGGCCCGGCCACACACCAAGACCGCUCCACCGACACCAAGGUCCUCCCUGGCCCAGGGCAAACCCUACACAAUGCGGACCCGCCCAGGCUGUGUACCCGUGCGCCACUCCCACCGGAAGCGGCCUCGAAGGAGAAGCCGUGUCUGAAGGAACCAUCUGCAAAGGUGAAAAGUGAGUGGUCCGCCAUAAGGAAUGAUGGACACAGAGAUCCCUGUGUGAAGCUAUGUCCUGCAGAGGCUGGUAAAGUCAGUGACAGUUCCAAACCCCUCCCUUCUGGGGGAAGGACCCAUCCUGAUUUCUACAAGCAGACCCAGACUUCGGAGAAAGCAUGGGCAUGUGCAAAAACAAACCACAAAGAUAGCCAAGAUGAGGUGAAGUCCCUGGCCAGGGAGGACUCCUUACACUCAGCCUCACUUUUGUAUGAAAAGGAGGUAGGCCAGGCAAGAAAAGGCCCAGAACCCAAACCUGAAGUCCCAGCUACCCGGUGCCCUUCUCAGCCGCCAGGAAUUGAGGGGGAGAAGAGCGAAAAGCUCUCUGCUGCCCCCUCUUUGCAGAAACAGGCUCCCAAGGAGCCAGACAGGAAGGAACAGGCCCUGCAAAGGUCUGGAGGCGGUGGCCCUCAACAGCCCCCAUCCACCAAAGAGCUGGCUAACUCAGCAGCUUGGCAGCAUAGCAGUUCUCCAAGCCACCCUUUAAAGAAGGAGCCGGGGACCAAAGCUGCCGCUGCAGAAGCAAGCAUCAGCCUUCAGGACACUCCCCGAUCUGCUACAACCACCACCACUGCCAUUGCCACAGCCACCACCAGUGCUGGGCACAGUGACUGCAGUAGCCAUAAGUCCCGGCCUGGCCCUGACCCCAGCCCUUCAAAAGCUAAGCACCAAGACAGGCCCCUCUCCUCACAGAAGCUGAGUGCUGGGUCUGCAAAAGGCAAAGAGCCUGUCUCUCAACCCAUUGGUGGUUCCGUCAGAGAGGGCAAGGGUGGCAGCAAGGGCCAAUCGGACACAUUUUCUGCCAUCCCGGCCACCCAGGGCAAAGCAAGUGAUGUGCUUGAUCAGGGAGAAGGUAGGGUCACUAUCAUACUCCACACCGAAGAGAGUCUUCUAGAUGCCAAACUGAAAGCCACCAAUGGAGGGGGUCCCCCAGAGAUGCAGGAGAAGCAUCUACCCAGACAAGGACAUCCAGGGCUCAGCGAAGCUGCAGACCAGAAGCUUCUCGCUGCUGGUGAAAAGCAAAGCCUGUCUCCAAAGCAUCCCAAACCAUCCACUGUGAAAGAUUACCCCGGUCUGUGCAGACAGACAGACAAAAGCCCAGGUCAGCAGGCGACCAUCGGGGACAGGAAGGCAGAAGGGAAGAAAUGCACAGAAGCACUUUAUGUUCCAGCCCCAGAGGGCUACAAGCUGGAAGCUAGUCCUUCCUUCCACCAUGGUGAGUCCGGACUCAAAGGCGCAGAGAGGCCAGCCGUAGGCAUGGGGAAAGGCUUCUCUGAGUCCAAGGGGAAAGGACCUUGUCCCCAGAAACCACCAGCUGAAGCAGUCAAGCCCGGCGGCAUGAAACGGUCACCCUCUGCCACUGUGCAGAGCUCUCUCCGCUCAGCUGCACCCCCGGAAAAAUCUCUGAGUUACUCAGCCAGCUUUCCUGAGGCUCAGCCUGGAGUGCGAGAGGUCACUGCAGCCAGCAGCAGCCCCUCAUCUGCCAAGGCUGCAGUGGGGACCUCAGAGGGCCCAGCCCCCAGCAGCAGGGACCACAGGAAGUCUGGAGGAGACAGCCGAAACCAAAUGAUAAAGAGUGACUCUCUACCCUCCUUCCGCCUCUCCAACUCUACCCUGGAGUCACAUUUCCAGGAUCCACAGGUGCCCAGCAUGGCAGGCCACCGAGACAGGGCACUGUCAGUAACUGCCGCCACAGGAGAACCCAAAGGGAGAGAGCUUACCCAGCCUCCCCCAGUCAGGAAACAGAAUGUGGGCAAAGACGUGACCAGAGCACCCCCAGUGCCAAGUGCAGAUCGCUCGCUCCCUCUUUCCUCAGAGAAAGACGUCGUGGUUCGGCAGAGAAGGGGCAAAGAGAGCUUGCGGAGCAGUCCUCAGAAAAAGGCCUCCUAACAUGCAGCUCUGGUGGCAGGGCUGUGAGACCCAGCCCAAGCAUAGCUGUGACCGGGUCUUUGUCACCUUACAAACCAGCACUGUAUGGGAAUGUCCGCCAAGCAGAGCCCCGAGGCUCACUGAAGAGGAGGAGAGACAGAAAAAAGAGAACUCUCUUCCAGAUGCCUUCCCAGUAGAAACCGGUAAAACUGUUGCCAAGAUAGUGUUUGUACAAAACCUGCCUUCCCAGAGAUGUGUUGGUGAGGAAGAGAAUCUCUCUCUGUACAUAACCUAGCAAUGUGUUUGGUUCGGGAUGUAGAGUGUGUACCUUGCUGCUGACCACCUUGUUGACCGAAGCUUUUCUAAAUGAACACGUUUGUUUUUACCGCCUAAUUAUAAAAUGUAGUCAUGAAGCAAAGUGGUCAGCCCCGGGGGAGGGGAGGGUGAAAAUAGAAACCUGCCCGUGACCACGAGGUGUUUUUGGUCUGUGGUUUGAGAAUAGUUCAAGGCUCCAUUCGUAGAAGUAGAGUUAAAGAUGAAAGGAAGCCCUAAAUACAGUAGAUGAUGAGUUUUUGUGUGUAUAUUUAACCAGGAUUUCUGAUUGUACUGAAUCUGGCUACCUGUAUAUCUCUGAGCUGCUGCAUUUGGACCCCUCCACUAGGAGUGGCCAGGACAGGGGGAGCUGGGCAUCUAUAUGACAGCCCUUGUAGGGGACAUUUUGACCCUUAGGUCUAAGUGGCCAAAAAGGCAAUUGCCCUUGUCUCUGGAUUAUAUGUCUGGUGUUCACCGGAGGGCACACAGGGACUUAUAAAGACACUGCAGGUCAGCUUGCUUGCUUUCUUUCUUUCCUUCCCUCCCUUCCAAGCUCUUACCCUCAGGCCUUUACGCUGUGAGUCCAAGAAGCACACGUUUACGGCGGGCACUGUACAGGGGCCCUUCCGGUGAGGAAACAGGAAAAUCCCUGGCUGCACACAGAUCUGCUAGCACUUAGGUGGAACAACAUGCAUUAGGCGUCGGAAGAGGUUUUAAAUUUGCUUUUGUUGAGGAGAAGGACGGGGGGUGGGGGGGUGGAUUUUGGCAUCAUAGCAUAUAUAUUAAAAAAAAUAAUCAGGACAUCAGAUACAUUUUAAUACAUAGCUGGGGCCUUACGUUGUAGAUGAAGCUUGCUGUUUUUAGCAAGUUCCUGGGUUUCACAUUCAUUUCUGAUGCAUCGAAUAGCUCCACACAUUUCAUAACACAGUCUCUUUAUUUGUAUGCAAAAAAAACCCACUUUACUGUAUUAAUAAAGAGCGUCAUUUUGUAACAAAGUGACUGGAGCUAUUUGGUGCUUGGAUGUGAGCAUCCUUUUUACUUUUGCUAAGCCUUAUUUAAAUUUUGUAUACCAUGAAAUAUGUAGAACUUGUCAGAUCAUCCUAGCUCUGAGGGUUUUUCUGGGUUGUUUCUGUUGUUGCGAUAGGUUUUUAUGUUUUGUUUCGUUUUUUGUUUUGUUUUGUUUCGACGGCUCGUUUUGAAUUGUAAGACGGCACUUGCUGACUAAGACACAACGCAGACACACUUUUGUAAGUUGCUUGGGAUCCAUAACAAGACUCUGUUCUCUAAGAGGAAAAAAAAAUUACAAAUGAGUAAUGAAUCCAGCUCCUGACCCCUUGGGGGUGUCUCGGGUGUCUGUACACCAUAGGGUUGUUUAUACGAGCACAGCCCUGUGGAUUGUAAAUCACCUAGUGAGGUUGUAAGCACUCCAGAAACAAAGGCAUUGCAUCACCAACUGCUUGGGUUGCCCUUGGUUGCAAAGCCAGUUGGCGGUGGGAAAAGGAAAGAAAAAGGGAGCAUCCGCCCCACCCCUGUCUCCCCACCCCCAUACAUUCUAGCCAUCCCUCAUUGCUACAUUACAAAACUGUAGAACAAAUAAAUAUUUUUUACAAGAACUCAAACGGGUCUCAAAAAAAAAAAAUGGUCUCAAAGCUUACAGUGCAUAUCUGGUUGGCAGAUCUAAUAGCCCAAUCGUUCUCCACUCAGACAUCAAGACAGGUCUGUCCAGGAGGUAGUUCAUGGCUUAUAGCCUUUGCUUUUUAACUGUCCGGGUUUUCUUUAAAGCACAGCUAGCUGCUUGUUUACAAAGGAUAUUUUUAUGUAUAUUUUGUAUAGUGUAUUAUCAUCAUUUUGCCAAAUUUGUUUUGCAUUUUGGAUGAAUAGAAGAGUACUUAAGGUUGCUUAUGUGUGAUACCUGUUCGUUGUUGUGAGGUCUCCCCAACCAGCUGGUAGUAUUUCUCCCGUGUUCUCUUUGGUCAGUCUCUAUGUGGUUGUAAGACGUGCCCCUCGGUAGCACUCCCAGCUCUAGACUUACCAGCUUCUGUCUGUUAGGACCUGUGCAAUAAAGUGUUUGCAGUCUUAUUUUCUCUGAGAAAUACCCCCCAUGAAUGUCAUAAUUGUUGUAUAUUGAACAAAUAUUUAUACUUAUGCAGUCGCAUAACGUUGAAUAAAAAUUUAGCAUGAAAGAUAA